UUUGUCACAUGUUGCUAGCAUUCCGUCCAUCCUUCUUCCCAGAAAUUUCUCUGUGUAUUGAUGUCUGUUGUUCUCCCGUCUUCCCCCACUUCUCACCUCCUCCAGCAGAUUGUGAGCUCCUCAAAGGUGGCAAUUCUUUCAUCUUUGUCUUUGUAUCUCCAGUGCCUAGCAUAAGCCUUCAGGACUGGAUUGACCUGAUUUGAACUGACCAGCCCUAGACUGACACCGUGAUCCUUUGGUUCUAGAUCUCCGUGGGAAAACUGACCACAUGAUGUCAACACUUCUGUGGAAAGCUCACUUGGAGAGAGCUAAUGCCUCCAUUACAGACCUGAAGGGCCAAAAUGAAAUCCUAGUGCAGAAACUAUCAGAAAGGUAUACUGUCUACAAGGGAAAUCUCUACUACUUUUCCUGUAUGGAAAAGUCCUGGACUGAGGCUGAGCGGUUCUGUGUGUCCAGUGGCUCCCAUCUGACAUCAGUGACCUCGAUGGAAGAGCAGGAAUUUCUUUAUAAGAAAGGGAAUGGUGUCUGGUACUGGAAUGGCCUGAAUAGAAGGGGAGAUCAAAGGACGUUCCACUGGACAGAUGGGACCGUGUUUGAUGAAGACCAGACCCAAGAGUUUUGGAUAGAUGGGGAGCCAAACAAUAAUGACAACAAUGAACAUUGUGUCCAUUUCCGGGCUAAAGAGCUAAAAUCAUGGAAUGAUUUAAAUUGUGAAUCUACCUUAAAGUUCAUCUGUAAGUGGAACUGCGAAUCAUCUGAGCUAUGCGGUGCAAUAUUAGGACACAAAUAUUGAAUUGUUCUGAUGACUCAUGUAUGAAGCAAGGGGAAAAAAUGGCCACCGUCCUUCUGGCCACCAUCCAUGCCCGCGUAUGGGUCCCAUUUUCCUCCCCAGUUAAAGUUCUCCCAAAGGAGCCUGGAAUGAUGAUUAAGGGACUUGACCAGCUGGGCUAAGUGAUGCCUCCAUCUCAUCAGGCCACCUGAAGAACCAGACCUUGCACUCUACAUCAUCAUUACCAGAACCACAGACCAGGCCAUGCCAUGCCAUGCUUUCACAUUCUUUAUCACUAUUAAGCCUUCACACUUACACAUUUGCCCACCACUGAUCUUGCUCAAGCUCCCUAUUUCUACCUCCUUGGCUAUAGAUGCUGUUUGGGGAGAGGUUCUGGCAUGGGACUCUCAAACGGUCCUGCUUUUCAGAACUAUUCUCUAUCCUCUGCAUCCAGGCAGCUUGGUGGAACAGUGGAUAGAUCCCUGGGUCCAGAGUCAGGAAGACUUAAAUUCAAAUCUGAGACACUUCUAACUAUGUGACCCUGGACAAGUCAUUCAACCUCUGUAUGUUUCAGUUUCAACCAUAAAAUGGGAAUGAAAGCAA